AUGGCGCGGCGGGAGGGCGAGCGGGCGGGCCUGGGGGCGGGCGGCCGGGGCCGGGGGCGGAGGCAGCGCGCGGAGGCCGGACGAGGGGCGGGAGGGGGCCGGUCCUCGGGGCUCCGGGACGGCGGGCCCCGCCGCCCAGGGAGCGUCGGCCAAGUGCCACGCCGCGGCGCGGCCGCACAGGCGCUCCGCGCGCGCCUCGGGCCCCCUGGAGACGCGGCGCUGCUACGUCGGAAGCUCGGCUCGGCCCGAGCCGGACGAUCCGGCUUCUCGGGCGAGAGUCUUCUUCCGCUCGGGGCCCCGCGGAGUCUUGAGGCGCCGAGGCAACGCGGCCGGCUCACCAGCUCUGCGCCCGGACGCGUGGCUCCCGGCUCCCCGCCCGCCGCGGGCUACGCCACUCCCACCCCGACACACGCGACCCCCGCCGCGCGCAGCACGCGCGCGCAGGGCCGGCCGCCGCUCGGGCUGAGUCAACCCCCGACUGGGGAAGCUGGCGGCUGGGCCGCUGCGGAGCAAGCCCGCCUCGCCUCGCCGCGCGCACCCCUAGCGGCCCCCGAAAAAGGCGGCCAGCCUUACCCGCUGCCUUUGGGGCGCCCAGCUGGAGAUUGUGUUGUCUGUGUGGUGGAUUGGCUGAUCAAUAAUAUCCCCCUGUAG